AUGUUUGGCAUAUUUGCGGACUUGUUGUCCUCUGUGAUCACAAUCCUCUUCCCUAUCUUCGCCUCCUACAAGGCAUUACGCUCUGCGGAUCCCUCCCAGUUAGCACCAUGGCUGAUGUACUGGGUGGUGCUGUCUGUCCUACUACUGGCCGAAUCGUGGACAGUGUUCAUUAUCGGGUGGUUCCCGUUCUAUAGCUGGAUUCGACUCAUCUUCCUUUGUUAUCUGGUCCUCCCCCAGACCCAGGGCGCUCGCAUGUUAUAUCAAGAAUACGUCGAUCCGUUCCUGUUCCAUCACGAACAGGAGAUUGAGGAAUUCAUCGGUCGGUCGCACGAACAGGCCAAGGCGCUCGGGCUGCAGUAUUUCUACAAAGCUAUCGACUUGAUUCGGGAGAAAGUCAUGGGCCUCCCGCCUCAACAACCGGCGCCUCCACCACCACCACCAGCAGCUUCGGGCCCGGCGGCCUACGCGCAGUCCCUGUUGUCUCGUUUCAACCUCCCCACCGCUGGUGCUGCCUCCGCGGCCGGCACCCCGACGGGUGCAUCGGCCCCAUCUCACGACUGGUACUCGGUCCUCGGCGCGGCAUUGGGAUCGGUCACCGCUGCGGGCAAGCCCCGUGAAGUGCACGAGGAGCAGUUGUCGGCCAGUGGCACCCUGCUUCAACGGAAGUUGCAAACCAUGUCCGGGGAGGAGAAGGCCAGUUAUAUAUCGCGGCAACGGGAGGUCCUGGAUUAUCUGCGAUCCACAUUGAGCCGUGAAGAACAAGCACUGGGUCGCGAGGAGACCGAACACGAUGGACUUGCCUACGGGGCACCUCUCCGAAAGAACCCUAGCGAUACCUCCUUUGAUGUGCUCGACGAUGAAGACCUGGUGAACCGCCCAGGUGCUAGCCGGACCAGCAGUCGUUGGACAUCGGGCUGGCUCGGUGGUGAGCGUGACUCGUCUGGCUCCUCCGGCGGACCUGAUCACGCUCGUUCAUCCGGGUACGAACGCUACUGA